AUGCAGGAGGAACUACUGAAGAAUUUUGAGGAAAAACUGGGGCAGCGAACACGGGAAGAAAUCAGGCGAUUUCUUCGCAGUUAAAUUAUUCAGCCCAACAUUCUUCGCACCAGGAUCUUAUUUCGAUCCCUGAGACAGUAAAGUAUGGUGGUUGUGACUACAGGGACAGGAGGCACCCACAAAGUCCUUCUGAUCUCCGGGAAACAGACUGCCUCGUCUGCCGGAACACAGGGGGGAUUCAGCCGGUCCAUUUCGGUCAUGUUGCCUUCGUCUGGAAAUCAGGCGUCGUCAGAUUCAGAUUCAAACGGAUCUGGACCACCGCAACGCAAAAGACAGCGGCUCACACAUCUGAGUCCAGAAGAGAAGGCACUGAGAAGGAAACUGAAAAACAGAGUUGCCGCCCAGACAGCCAGAGACAGGAAAAAGGCCAAAAUGGGGGAGUUGGAGCAGCAGGUCUUGGAGUUGGAAUUGGAGAAUCAGAAACUCCACAUUGAAAACAGACUGUUACGUGAAAAGACAGAUGGGCUUCUGACGGAAAACGAGGAAUUGCGUCAGAGGCUGGGUUUGGACACGCUGGAAACCAAAGAGAUGGUACAGGUGCUGGAGUCCAACGUGGAUGAUGUCAGUUUGGUGAUCGGGUCUUCUGAGUCCGCAGCACUCAGGCUACGUGUGUCCGCAGCAGGUGCAGGCCCAGCAAUCGCCAAAACUGAGUUCCAGUUGGAUACUGGCAGUCCUGACUCUACAGACUCUGAGUCUGAUCUCUUGCUUGGCAUUCUGGACAUCCUUGACCCAGAGCUCUUCCUCAAGUGCAGUGAUCCGGAGUCCCAGAACCUGCCGGAGCUGGUCGAGGCCGGGGAAGAUUCAGUACCCACCUCCCCAUCUCCGCCUCUGGGGGCCCCACCAGUUAAGCUGGAAGCCCUUAAUGAACUGAUCCACUUUGACCACAUCUACACCAAGCCUAUUGAGGUGACAUGCGUGGAGCAGAGUGAAGAUUGCAUCCCCGAUGUGAAAAUUGAGGAGGAGGAGGUGGUGGUCGUGGAGACGGUGUCUGUCAAGGACGAGCCUGAGGAGGUUGAGGUGGUCACGGAGAUGAGGGUGGACGACUUCCUCUCCCCGGCCUCCCCUCCCCUCGGCAUGCCGGAGAAGGCUGCCUCCUACCUGAUGGAUGCUUAUAGCGACUCCGGCUACGAGCGAUCCCCCUCCCCCUUCAGUAACAUGUCCUCCCCCCUGUGCCCAGAGAGCACCUGGGAUGAUGUUUUUGCCAAUGAACUCUUCCCCCAGCUGAUCAGUGUGUGAAUCCCCCCCAACGAACGCCCUCCCCAAACUAGUCCUAUCAGUCUAAUUUCGUAUAACGUGUAUAGUGGCUGUACUUUAUUGUUGUAAAGGCAGUAGAGGAACCCCCCCUUCUGGGGUCAGACCAAUGUCAGAUAUAUUUGCUGAAUGCAUAAUCUCCUUAUUCCAGCAAGUGGCUUUACUGGACUGCAGUAUUGUGGGUCAUCAUCCUGAACUGACCUGUUGGAUAUAGUUAACAUCUUUAAUUGUCAUCUCUUCAGUACUUAAGAUUAUAUUAAAUCUUUGACAGAUGAAUUGGAUAUGGUCAUACCAGAAAUUUGACAAUUCUUUCUGUAAAUUGUUAUGGGGAAGGGGGGGGACUAAAUUGUUUAAAAUGGCAUAACUAUUUAUUUGUGCAUUUGCUCCAUGGAGUCUUUAUUGUAAUCUGUCCUUAGCAUGUAUAAAUGCUUAAUUUACCAUGUAAAUUUUCACAAUCGAGGGAUGCUUUCUUUACGCAAUAAGUUCUGCAUUAAAACCAUGCAUUGACUUGCGUCUCCUUGUGGUUUUCCAUUGCACUGUUCUGUUGUUGAAGGGAAGGUGUCUAAUCCUUGACUAUCUGGAAGACUAUGACUAAUAUGUUUGUGCUGUCACCACAGUAGGAGGUCCAUGCAACACAGGUCGCUCUGGCAGAAGAUGCGACCAUACUACAGUGUACCAUUUAAGCAUUGGUCACAAGUGAUAAAGGGUGUGGCCUAAAUCUGCUACAAUUUAUUCCACUCCACAUGAUUGAAAACUGAGUGCUUAUCACCAAGUGAUAACAUUUUGGUCUUUAUGUUUAGAACAUUACAUUAUUGUCAUUUAGCAGACACUCUUAGCAGUGACUAGAACAACUUUUAACUGGUAC